AUGGCGUGGACAGAGAAUGAUGCUGGUAAUUUGAGAGAGAAGGAACCGAUUGAAGAUAAUGGUUUCUUGAAAGGAUCACAGCCUUCACCGUGCCCUAGUGGCUCUCCUGUUGGUUCAUCUCCAGCACAGAAGGGGUUUGAGGGAAAGGAUGCUCUCUCUUAUGCCAACAUUCUUCGAUCCAGAAAUAAAUUUGCUGAUGCUCUUGCUCUCUAUGAGAGUGUCCUGGAGAAUGAUAAUGGAAAUGUUGAGGCUUACAUUGGUAAAGGAAUAUGCCUGCAGAUGCAGAACAUGGGAAAGCUUGCUUUUGAUAGUUUUGCUGAAGCUAUUAAGCUGGACCCAGAGAAUGUGUGUGCCCUGACACAUUGUGGUAUAUUGUACAAGGAUGAGGGUCGCCUAUUAGAGGCCGCUGAGUCGUAUCACAAGGCUCUGAAAGCUGAUCCUUUAUACAAGCCAGCUUCGGAGUGCCUAGCCAUUGUUUUAACAGAUCUUGGAACCAGCUUAAAGCUCUCGGGUAAUACACAAGAGGGAAUUCAGAAGUAUUAUGAAGCUCUUAAAGUAGAUCCACACUAUGCUCCUGCAUAUUAUAACCUUGGUGUUGUGUAUUCUGAAAUGAUGCAAUAUGACACUGCCCUUAGUUGCUAUGAGAAGGCUGCAAUGGAGAGGCCCAUGUAUGCUGAAGCGUAUUGCAACAUGGGUGUCAUCUACAAAAACAGAGGUGACCUAGAAUCAGCCAUUGCCUGUUAUGAGAGGUGUUUAGCUGUGUCACCAAACUUCGAGAUUGCAAAGAAUAAUAUGGCAAUAGCAUUGACUGAUUUAGGAACAAAAGUUAAACUUGAGGGAGAUAUAAAUCAAGGUGUGGCAUAUUACAAGAAGGCUUUAUAUUAUAAUUGGCACUAUGCUGACGCUAUGUAUAAUCUUGGUGUUGCUUAUGGUGAGAUGCUGAAGUUUGAGAUGGCAAUUGUGUUCUAUGAACUCGCUUUCCACUUCAAUCCUCAUUGUGCAGAGGCAUGCAACAAUUUAGGCGUAAUAUACAAAGACCGAGACAACCUUGAUAAAGCUGUAGAGUGUUAUCAGGCAAAUUCUGAUACCAGUACAAGUUUAAGUUUUCAUUUUUCUGUGGUUGAAAUAAUAUUCGUCAUUGUUGUUGUUUUGCAGUUAGCUUUAUCAAUCAAACCAAACUUUUCGCAGUCAUUGAACAACCUUGGUGUUGUCUACACUGUCCAGGGUAAAAUGGAUGCUGCUGCGAGUAUGAUUGAGAAAGCUAUCAUGGCAAAUCCCACAUAUGCUGAAGCAUACAAUAACUUAGGAGUUCUUUACAGAGAUGCUGGCAAUAUAUCUAUGGCUAUCAGUGCUUACGAGCAAUGCCUGGAGAUAGAUCUUGAUUCUCGCAAUGCAGGCCAGAAUCGAUUGCUUGCAAUGAACUACAUAAAUGAGGGACAUGAUGAUAAGCUUUUUGAGGCUCACAGGGACUGGGGUAGGCGCUUUAUGAGGUUGUAUCCUCUUCACACUUCUUGGGACAACCCAAAAGUUCCAGAGAGACCUCUUGUGAUUGGAUAUGUAUCUCCAGAUUAUUUUACUCAUUCUGUAUCUUAUUUCAUCGAGGCCCCUCUUGUCUAUCAUGACUAUGCAAAUUACAAGGUGGUUGUCUAUUCAGCGGUUGUGAAGGUAUGCAUACCAUGGUAUGAGUCUUGUUUAAAAGAACAUGCUUAUGCCAUACGUGCUCCAUUGCCAGUGCUGGUUGUUAACUUUGAUUCUAGGGUUCAGUUUCUUGGUCAUCAACUGUCACUUUUGCUGCUGUUGUUACUGCAAUUGUUUGCACGUCCUAUAUGUACCAGUGCUGCUUGGCAGUAUUGCCAACCAUUAGGCACUAUUUUCACUUGCAAUUUGCGACUGGUCUAUAUCACUCAAUUAGAGCAUUCUGUAGGAGAAAGUCUUAAAAAGGGUGGGAUGUGGAGGGAUAUAUACGGGAUUGACGAGAAGAAGGUUGCAAGCAUGGUUAGAGAAGAUAAAGUUGACAUUUUAGUAGAACUCACUGGACAUACAGCUAACAAUAAGUUGGGAAUGAUGGCAUGCCGACCAGCUCCUGUUCAGGUGACUUGGAUUGGCUACCCGAAUACAACUGGCUUGCCUACCAUUGAUUACAGAAUUACGGAUUCAUUCACUGACCCCCCUGAUACCAAACAAAAGCAUGUUGAGGAGUUGGUUCGCCUACCAGAAUGCUUCCUUUGUUAUAUACCUUCUCCAGAGGCCGGGCCUGUUUCUCCUACUCCUGCGCUUUCUAAUGGCUUUAUCACAUUUGGUAGUUUUAAUAAUCUGGCAAAGAUAACACCUAAGGUAUUGCAAGUUUGGGCUAGGAUACUCUGUGCGGUUCCAAACUCCCGCCUUGUGGUGAAAUGCAAGCCAUUUUGUUGUGAUAGUGUUAGACAGAGAUUCCUUACAAUGUUGGAGCAGCUGGGGUUGGAACCACUGAGAGUUGAUCUUCUGCCUCUAAUUCUUCUUAACCAUGAUCACAUGCAAGCAUAUUCUCUAAUGGACAUUAGCUUGGAUACUUUUCCAUAUGCUGGUACAACAACAACAUGUGAAUCUUUGUACAUGGGAGUUCCAUGCAUUACUAUGGCUGGUACUGUACAUGCUCACAAUGUUGGCGUGAGUCUUCUCAGCAAAGUCGGGUUAGGACAUCUGGUUGCCAAAAAUGAAGAGGAAUAUGUUCAAUUGGCACUAAGACUGGCCUCAGACAUUUCAGCUCUCUCAAACUUGAGGAUGAGUCUCCGGGACCUUAUGUCUAAAUCUUCAGUCUGUGAUGGACCAAAUUUUACUCUUGGUUUAGAGACAACAUACCGGAACAUGUGGCACAGAUACUGUAAGGGUGAUGUGCCAUCUUUAAGGCGUAUAGAACUGCUACAACAGCAGGGAUUUCCUGAGGAUGUACCUAUAAAAAAUGCUGAUUCAACGAGGAUUGCAUUUUCAAGAGAUGACCCUCCUGAGUCCAUCAAAGCCAAUGGAUUUAGUGCCGUCUCAUCACCCCUAGUCGAUCAUUCUUAUGGAGAAAAUGGGAGUCUGAUCAAUAAUACCAUAAACUCAGGCAAGCUGAGCUGA